UUUGAGCCACAUGCCGUACGUUAGACGCGACAGCUCGCUUACAACAUGCAUAUCUAGUCCCACGAGACACGGCUACAUUCCCGACUCCAAUCGAGUCUCCGCAUCAAAAAGUAGGCUAUAGCCGGGGGCCGGGGCAUCCCCAGAUUCCCCAUUCCCCACCCUCUUCCAGCCGAUCGGAAGGAAUCGAGGCCAUACCAUGAGCGGAGAACCUCCUCCUCAGACUCCAGAGGUACAAUAGCAGCACCAGCCGACAUCCCCUGCCGAAUGUUCCAUCCAGUCCUCUACGACUCGAAUGUUUAGCCCCUUGGGCCUGGACAGCUCCAAUCCAGGGGAAUAAGCGUGAACAUGGAGACUGGGGAAGACAUGGAGCCGCAGCGACCUGCAGCGUCGACUGCAAAGAAAAGGCGGUCCCGAUUUGGCUGCACCACCUGUCGAACAAGAAAGGUCAAAUGUGACGAGAGACCGUCCGGCUGUCUGAAUUGCGAAAAGCUCCAUCUUGAGUGCACCUACAGCCGUCCCACCGGCCAGCCGACAAGAUCACAGACGGGGCGCAGGACGUAUCGGUCCUGCAACGCAUGUCGAGCUGCGCGAUGCAAGUGCUCGGGUGACAGGCCUUUGUGUGCACGCUGUCAGGAGACUGACCUCCCAUGUUCCUACGCAGACACCGGGGCAGGGACAAGCAGAAACGGGCUGUCUCAGACCAAGGGCACAAGAGUGACGACGACAAGCCCCGACAAGUCGAGCGAGGCUGGCACCUCCAUGCGUCAGGGCAGCUUGCCAGCGUCCUCGAGUGUGGUGAGCGGGCCGUCAGAGACACAGCUUCCAUGCUACGUUUAUACUCCACUGCCAACAUGUUGUGAGCCAGCGUUGCUGACGGCUGGGUCAAGGCUCAACUCCCGUGAACUGCCCGAGCCGAAACACAUUCGCGUCCUGGUCAACCACUAUUUCCAAAACUUUCAUCAUCUUCGCUGUUUUGCCUUUCUGCAUAAGCCUACCUUUCUACGGAAGCUCGACGACGGGAUCAGUGCCAACUUGCAGGACAAUGCGCUGCUGCAUAUUAUAUGCACCCUCGGUGCCCAAUUCUACGCUCUGGAGCACAGCGAUACUGUGCAGUCCUUGCCGUCAGAUUUUAUCCUGCACGCGGGACAUCAUUGGGCAAAGACGGCUGAGCGUCUGGUCCUGGGUAAUAUCAAUCACAUCUCCAUCGAGGGCCUCAUGGUGAGUCUCCUCGUAUUCCACUGUUCCAAAUACAUGAUCCCUGACAGGCAGACCGCGCAACUCCUGUACGACUACGCCCUGCGAAUGGCCAACUUCACGCAGGCGUUCAUCCUGAGUGCCCUCAUGGCUCGCAUGACACAGGCCCUCCAGAUCAACCUCGAGUACUCCUCCGACAUUCUCAACCAGUCGCCACGCACGUCGCUUUCCGUCACCAUCCGUGAAUGUCGAAGACGCCUCAUGUGGAGCUGCUACACCACAGACGUCCUCUGCGGCAGUGGCGUUGACCAGUUGACCCUGAUCCGCGAGAAGGACCUCAGCAUCCAGCUGCCGUGCAACGACUGGAGCUUCCUGCACGAGCGACCGCGGAUCACGCGAACGCUGAGCGGGCACCCAUUGGCAUUUGUCCACGCAGACCUCGUGCCCUCUGAUUUGGACGAGAACAUGGGCUUGGUCGGCUACUUUGUCCAGCAGAUGGAGAUCAGGAGGCGUGUCCUGUGGUACAUUAAGCAUCUCGACCAGGCAAAGCCCCCCUGGCAGCCCGACUCGGAAUUCGCCCUGCUCGACAGGGAGCUCCAGGCCUGGUACGAGUCGCUGCCUUCCACUUUGGCCUUCACCGCCGAGGCAAUCUACAUGCGCAGAGAGUCAUCGCAGCUCGGCGCGCUGUGCGUGUUCCACUGCGCCUAUCACCAGACCAUGUGCGACCUGUACCGCAUCGGCACGCCGGCGCUGUACAAGCUGAGGUCAGCCUUUACCUUUCCUCCCGACAUGGGCCAUUUCCAGAGCAAACUGCAGUUUGCCCUCUUCAAGGAGGCGAGGACACUGGCUGCCAUCAUCGCCGAGGCCGAGAGACAUGGACCACGCACGCUGGCGGACACCUGGCUUCCGACUAUCGCCUACGACAGCAACCGCAUCAUGCUCAUCUACCUGACGCAGGUUAACGAGCCGGCAGGGAUGAGUAAGAGAGAUCUUGUCCUCAGCACGAUCCCGUAUCUGCAGAGCAACCUCAAGGCGCUCAGGACGCUGCGCGCGACCAAUGCGGUGGCCGACGACCUGUCCCGUGCCGCGGAGAGCAUGCUGGAGGCGCUGGGCGUCGACUCCAACAGCAUCCUCCCGCUGCCCAACGUGAUCCUCAACGACCCGUACCUCGCCCUCCUCAGCCGCAACCAACACGGCAGCAUGCCGGGCACGCCACCCCAGAGCGCGCCCGACUACGUACUCAACCCGCUGUCCAUCUUCCGCAUGGCGCGGCACAGCAUCCCCGAGGGCCACGCGCCCGAGAACGCACCUGUCGCUGCCGCCCGGGGCAGCAGGACCCUGCCUGCCGGCGAUCCGGAGCUAGAGAUGUCCAGCAUGCAGCACCAGGACAUGUAUGAGAGCAUGGAGGGUUUUGGCCACAACUUGGAUAUGUUCUUUGCGCCCCCGGACUCGACGCUGGACUGGCAGAGUGCCGACAUGAUUGUGGGGAACGGCGUGGACAAUACGGGAGGCUUGCUGCCCUGGGCUGGUCACCUUGACAUGGGCGACUUUAUGUUGGAGCCCCCUGGCGAUGGGGUUCGAUGAGGUCUUAUACUGGCUUAGGAUGGAUGUACUCAAGUC